CCCGGGGUCAUCGAUGCUAUCAAGGCGAAAUGGGAUUCCGAUCGCUUUCCUCAUUUUUUUGAGAUGUUAGGCUUUAGCGAUCUUGCCGUUCUUGCGGGCGCUUGGGACCGGGGGCGGCACGAGUUCGAUGACGAAUCAGAGGUUCUUUGCGAGAAACUCGAGCUGAGAAAGCAAGAGUAUGUUAGGGAAUGCAGGGAGCUCGGGGGUAGAUCUGCAAAGGUCAAACAGAUCUUUCUCAAGAUCUGGGAUGUGGAUGACUCCCAACUGGAAGGUCGGGUACUCGAAACCAGGACGGGUGAUCCCGUUGUCACCCAGGACAACCACGUGACGCUAUGUGAUGAUCUCGCGAUUGAGGAAGAGGAGAGGAUUGAGAUGGAACGUGCGAUCGCUGCCAUAAAAGCCACCACCCAGGAUUCUCCGCCCGCCUCCGGCAAAAAAGGGGGUGAGGCUUCGGAACGCGACCAAUAUACAGCAUUUGUGCCUCUCGCAUCCAUGUACUGGGUCGAGCACACCUCCACGGCCUUUAGACACGCGAUCUGGAAGAUGGAUACCUUCAACCAUCUCGCGCCGAUCUCUGUCCGAGCACUUCAGUUCUUAGGUAACGUCACGGACGAGCAGGUUAGACAGUGCAAAACGAUGAUUUUAAAAGGGAAACCGAAAUACUGCGGUAGGGCCAACCCUCUGGAUCCCCAGGACCUGAAGUUUCCUCCCAUGCAUGAGCUCGAUCCCGAUAAAUGUGGCGAGACGAAUUCAGCGCAGGAUCGGAAUGGAUGGGUCAAUGCCCCGGGCCAGAUGACCACGCUACCGAACGGCAGGAAGGCAUGGAGGAGGCAAAAAUCAGAAUGUGACACCUUCCUACAUCUGAAGUACACCAGCCGCGUGAUGGAACCGCUUUCCAUUAGGAGGCUAAUAAACGGAGUGCUCAGCAGGGUGAUUGGAGAUGACACGGCGACUUGGCUGGAACGCACAAGAAUUGGGUGGACCUAUAAGCACAGUAAAGCCUCCAGGCUAUGCAGACCUGCGGAGACAUUCUGUGACUUCAACGUGUCGCAGUGGAUGGAGGGUUACGACCCGGAGCAGUACCCAUGCAGAACGAGGAGGUACUCGGACAUGCGCAGCAGCUGGUCGAUCGAGCUACUCCACAACGAGGGCUGCACGCACGUCAUCACUCUAGACUCAUCAAUCACGGAUAGCCCGCUGCUGCAGAACAUCAUCAAUGCAGACCUCAAUCAUAUCCCGUGCAUGGCUCUGGAUGUGGAUGAAGCAAUCGCCGAACUAGGGAGCUUUUUGGACGAGCUUUUUGCACGGGUGAUGGAGCUGCGCGACCUCACGGAUUCCACCAAGUCGUUUCUUCGAAGGAUCAUCUUGAAGAAGGGCAAGGAAAAGAUGGAGAAGUAUCGGGUGACGCACAGGCACGUUGCUGCGGAACCAUUCGAGCAUCCGACCGUCAAGAGUGAGUUGACGUUCCUGACUAGUAGAUUCCUCAUCUGUCCAACGGACAAGGCUCCCAACACGCCCGCCUUCGUCUGCAAGAACUUUAUACGGAAGCUGGCCUUCCAAAGGUUGUCUGACCCUGAGUUUGCCAGCAUUUCCGCACCACCUGCAACCGUCAUAUCGUGCAUUCGGGGCGAGCUCUCGGCCUUGCCGACGAUUCCUGCUGCUACAGCCUUGCUCCCCUAUCUCAUGGCAGUACUCAAGGCACACAAGGGCACCUUCCGGUGGAUCACGAACACAGCGAACACUAUCAUCUCUCCUGCAGCGGAAGUCUGCGCCUGCCUAUUGCGUUUCCUUCUUCCGCUGGUGCAGGCCUUCUGUCAGGACAAGAGUCUGGAGGUGGAGCAGCAUGGCGUCAAGCCCAACCUCUGGUGGGCCAUUUCAUCGGUAGGGGAGUUCUACGCGAAUCUACCAGAGAAGGUCUACUCCGUCUUCACAACCGACAUUACCAGGUGUUUUGAAACAAUCCCGACCGACAACUCGGAGGACAGCCUCACUGUCGCGGUCAGAUUCUACGUACAGUGUGCUAUGCAGGUGAGGAGGGAGAGGAGCUCUAGCCACGCGAUCAGGAUUAGGUUCGGGGGAGGCGGCGAUCUACAGCCAUCAUGGGCAGACGCUGGGCAGCCGGAGGAGAUGGGCACAUUGCUAUUCAGGAAAGGCGAUAUCUACUGGCUCUCGAAAUGGUGCAUAGCCAACAACUGUGCAUGGGAGAAUAAGUGUGGAGGCAGGUAAGGGGUAUCCCCAUGGGACUGGCGUGCUCCCCGAUCUGGUGCGACAUUUCUUUUUUUUAAUAUGAGUAUCAGGCGAUGAUGAGAUUGGUGGAUACGGGGAAUACCCAUCUGAUCCCGUGUUUUGGGAGCACCUUCGGAUACAUAGACGAUCUUGGAGCGGUCAACAACGUCGUCAUCAAAGACUUUCUGGAUAGGAGGGAGGACCGACAACCAGAUGAUCCCUGCUGGAUCUACCAAGAUCAAUACAUUGAGAUCACAGAGAACACGGACUUGGCCGGGUGGCCAACUUCCUCAGCAUAACGAUC